UAGGCAUCACUAACGAGUGCGGGGUUGUUAGGCCAGAACCACAACAAAAAAAUGUAUACAAAACACAGCAGUUUUGAAUUUGCAAAAUUAGUGAAUUAAAAUUGGCAAAGCAGCAAUAAGUUAAAAACCCAGGAUGUUGGGCCUCACCCACAAAGCUGCGCUGCAUAGCAUGGUGUGCCAGGCGAUCUUGGUGCUAAUUUGCCUGGUUUGCUACGGAUGUGGAGGCCUGAGUGGGGCCAAGUUCGUCUUCGAUGACACGGUGGCCAUAGUUAAGAACCGGGAUGUCAACACGUUGCCCACCAACUGGACGGCGAUCUUCACACACGACUUCUGGGGCGCCUCUUUGCUCAGUCCCGAUUCGCACAAGUCCUUCCGGCCACUAACUACUUUGAUGUUCCACUAUGAGUUCGCCCUGCUGGGCUUGACUGCCGCGCAUAUGAAGUUCCUGAACCUCCUGCUGCACUGCGUCAAUACUCUGCUCAUGUGGAGAUUGGUGCGAUCGCUGUACGUGCCGGAAGUGAACACGGAGCGAUGGGCCAUCCUGUCCGCUGCUCUGUUUGCCGCUCAUCCAAUCCACACAGAAGCGGUCUCGGGCGUGGUGGGCAGGGCAGAGCUGAUGUUCGGCAUGAUUCACUUGCUCUGCCUUCUGCUGACCGUGGCCAACACCGGAAAAUAUGGUCCUCAAACUGGCGGCCUGAUCAUGUUCCUCACGGCCGUGGGAAUGCUCUUCAAGGAGUCCGCCGUGACCAUUCCCAUGUCUUGUGUGCUGCUGGACUACUUUCAGAAUGGCUACUUCCAUCUGACACUUAAGGAUCAGUGGAAUCUGUUGCGCUCCCGGAUUAGCUACUUGGUCUACUUCAUUGGCACUUUGGGCCUUUUAACGGCUCGCCUCUGGUGGCAGGACUUCGAGACGCCAACAUUCAAUGAAGUAGACAACCCAGUGGCCCACAACGAGCACAUUCUGACGCGUGGACUUUCACAGCAUUACCUGCUGGUUAUGAAUAUCUGGCUGAUGCUGUGCCCGCACUGGCUGUGCUACGACUGGGCAUUGGGUUGUGUCAAGCUGGUAACCAGCAUCUGGGACCUCAGACUGCAGGGCGUCAUCGGAUUCUACUCCCUCGUGCUGGUUGCUCUGAUGAACUUCCGCCGCCUACCUGGAAUGAUGCUAGCCCUGGGCUUGAUGGUCAUACCGUUCCUACCGGCGUCGGGUAUCAUUUGCGUCGGAUUCGUGAUCGCAGAGCGGACGCUUUAUGUACCUUCUAUUGGCUUUUGUCUUGUGUCCAUCUAUGGAUUUCUAUACUGCUACGACAACAGCACAGUUAAAUCCCUUUGGCGCACUGCCCUGCAAGUCCUCCUGAUGUUGCUCUUCACUGUGAUGAUGCUGCGGACACGACAUCGAGCCACCGACUGGCUAAAUGAGGAGCAGCUGUUUAAAUCCGCCCUACAAGUGUGUCCCGAUAACGCCAAGGUGCACUACAACAUCGCCCGCCUGGCCACUGAUACCGGAAACAAUACGAAAGCCUUCCAGCAUUACCACAAGGCUAUUGAGCUGUAUCCCAGUUAUGAGUCAGCCCUGAUGAACCUCGGCAACCUGUACCGGGAGCAUGGCCAACUGGCCUCCGCUGAAGAUUACAUUCGACUAGCCUUGCAGGCGUAUCCGGAAUUUCCGGCGGCCUGGAUGAAUCUGGGCAUUGUGCAAUCGGCCCAGGGAAAGUUUGAAGAGGCACUGGCCAGCUAUGAGAAGGCACUAAAGUACAGGGCCAACUUUGCCGUCUGUUACUACAAUAUGGGAAAUCUGUAUCUGGAGCAGAAAAAAUACGCCGAUGCUCUGCAUCAUUGGCGGCACGCUGUGGGGCUAAAUCCCCGAGAGUCGAAAGCCUGGGCCAACAUUCUCACAAUGCUGGACAAUCGAGGACUGCAGGACGACGCCCUGCGCCUCUCAGAUCAGGCCCUGCUGCAUCUGCCCAACGAAGUCAGCAUCCUGUUCAUUCGCGCCAAUGUCCUUGGCAAGCUGAAACACUACAUUGAGGCAGAGUCGGUAUAUAAGCGUGUUAUUGAGCUGGAACCCCACAACAUGCUUUACCACACGAAUCUCGGGGUGCUCUAUCAUCGGUGGGACAAAACCCAGGAGGCCAUAGAGGCUUAUCGAACGGCGAUAAGUAUUAAUGCAGCGAGGGCAACGACAGCGCGGGAGAAUCUCAGCAAGCUUCUGAAACGCCUGGAGCGGGAGGCGCAGGUCAUCCAAAGAUAAGAGUUAGCUUUCAAAUCGCGCGGCAAAAGUUUUUUGCCUUAGAACGCAAAAAGCAAUAAUGGAUGGUACAUACGAUAUUGUAAUUUAUACAAUAAUACGAAAUAAUCCUGGACAAAAACAGAGGUUGUGGGUUCAGUCACUAGUCCCAGAAACAUACAAAUGUACUUACUAAUGAAAGACAUUAAAAAUUCACAGUUUAAUCCAGCACGAUUGGAGCUAAAGUGAAAUCCAUAUCCCAUCAGUAACAAUUCAGUAAAACACAUAUUUAUUUUUAGUAUAAGUUUAGGAUAAUUUAUUUAUUUGUUAGUUUACUCGAGGGUAUAUACAAUUAAUGUUAAAACUAAUUAAUGAUCGAACAAUUACAAGACGACUUACAUAAAUUAACUAAAUUCUAGAACGUAAGGACUACAUGAAAUACUUCAGAAAAUAGUGACAAUUGUGGCACCAUUGUAAAAUGAUUCAAUUCCAUUAAAGUUUCAUGUUUUUAAAAUAAUAAUACCGCAAA